AUGGAGCCAGCCUUUGGAGAGGUGAACCAGCUCGGCGGGGUUUUUGUCAACGGCAGACCACUUCCCAACGCAAUCCGGCUGCGGAUUGUAGAGCUCGCCCAGCUGGGCAUCAGGCCUUGCGACAUCAGCAGACAGCUCCGGGUCUCCCACGGCUGCGUCAGCAAGAUACUGGCCCGGUACAACGAGACCGGCUCUAUACUCCCGGGAGCGAUCGGGGGCAGCAAACCACGGGUCACCACGCCUACAGUGGUCAAGCACAUACGGACAUACAAGCAGAGGGACCCGGGUAUCUUCGCCUGGGAGAUCCGGGACAGGCUACUGGCUGACGGAGUUUGUGACAAGUUCAAUCUACCAUCUGUGAGCUCCAUCAGUAGGAUCCUCCGCAACAAGAUUGGGAAUCUGUCCCAGCAGAGCCACUAUGAGUCCAGCAAGCAGUCGUCUCACCAACCACCACAACCAACGCUACCCUACAACCACAUAUACUCGUAUCCGACCCCCAUCGGAGCCUCCGGGACCAAAGUACCAACCCCCCCGGGCAUGCACUCCCUCCCAGGACACAUGGCUAUGCACAGGAUAUGGCCCUCCUCCCACUCGGUAACAGAUAUUCUGGGGAUUCGGUCGAUAACAGAGCAACAAAUUAGUGACAGUUCGCCCUUUCCCAGUGCCAAACUAGAAGAAUGGAGCGUUAUAAACAGGACACAUUUUCCAUCGUCGGCAAGCUCUCCACUAGUCAAUGGCGUGCAGGAUAAACCACCGCAUUCUAUAGAACCUGAAGCAAAAUACAAACAGACGCAGAGUGGCUUGCCCACAGUGAACAGUUAUGUCACAGCGCCCAGCAUCCCAGCCUACCACCCUCCCACCCCAGUGUCGCCCUACAUGGGGUACAGCGCCACCACGUCGGCCUAUGUGACCGGUCCCACAUGGCAGCCGCACAGUGGCAGUGCUCUCUAUCACCACAGCUGUGACAACAUCGCCGCUCCGCUGGCCUUCAAGGGUAUGACAGCCCACCACCGUGACGUCAUCCACCACCAUGCCCACCCCAUCCCCGCCUCAGCACUGUAG